AUGAGCAGUGAUGAAGAGGAACAUGAAGAAAUCAGCUUUGAAUGUUCUCGGAUAAUCACGGAAAGUCAUAAACAGCCAAUCUAUGGAAUUAGUAUAUGCGAGCAAGCACUACCGGAUGAAAAUGAUCAAGCAGUGCUAUUUGCGACCUGCGCAAUAAACCAAAUUUGUGUCUAUAAGUACAAGCGCGUAAACGAGAAAUCAACGGUUCAUUUGAUUCAAAGUUAUGUUGACUCUGACGAAAAAGAAUACUUUUAUGAUUGCAAGUGGACAAUAUUCAAUAAUCGACCGGUUAUAGCAGCAGGAGGGCUACGAGGUGUUGUUAGAAUUCUUGAUGUGGGGCAUCAAUCCCAUUUGAAACCGCUUCGCCAUCUGGGUAGUGUCAAUCAAAUAUCUUUUGCGAAAAGACAACCCUUUUUGAUGGCUUCGGCAUGUUCUAAUUAUACUGUGUCUCUAUGGGAUGCCGAAGCUGCCCUAUGUUUAGCGCAUUAUGUUGGACCUGAUCACCAUAAGCAAGGUGUUCUCGCGGUGGAUUUGAAUUAUGAAGGAACCUUCAUUGUUUCUGGUGGACAGGACAACAUUGUAUGUGUAUGGUCAACACAAGAGCCGGAGAUACACGAAAAUCUACUAAUUGCUAGGAGAGGACCUCUGUUUAAAGAAUUCAGAUUGUCAAUACCACAUCGUGUGCAUUUUUCCGUCUUUCACUCUGCUACAAUUCAUCAACAUUAUGUCGAUUCAGUGAAAUGGCUCAGUGAGAAUAUUAUUGUUAGCAAGUCGGCUGAUCAUGUGUACUGUAUUUGGAAGUUUGACGCAAAGAAAAAAGAAUCGAAUAUAUUGUUUCGAUGGCAUCGUUCGGAAGGUAGUGAUAUCAUUUUUGAUGUUCGACUCGGUCUAUCUGUCACUCGAAAGUUAAUGGCGAUUGGUCGACGGGACGGCUCGAUUUUUGUUUGGGAUACGACAAUCUUGCCUGUUCAACCAACUGUGUUUACUCUUCGCGAAUCGAAACAUUUAAUUCGCAAUCUGGCAUUCAGUUACAAUGGUCAAAUAUUGAUAGCUGGCAAUGAAAUCGGUCAAAUAUUCAUCUGGAGACAUCGAAAACAAACGUGA